CCCCCGCGCGCCCCGCGGACCCCGCUCGCACCCCCCGCCGCGCGCCCUCCCGCCCCCCCCCCCGCGCCCCCUCCUCCGCCUCCCUCCCCGCGCGCGGCGCCGGGCCCCCUUCCAGGCCCCGCCGGGCCGCCUUCUGUCAGCCUCCAGCCCCGGCCUCCAUCCGGGGGGUUCUGGGGCCGGCGAUCGGGCCGACAUGCCCCCCCUCCCGGCUGUGGGGCUGCAGGGGCUCUGCCGAGCGGGGGAUGUGCGGGGUCGGUUCCGCGUCGGGUCUUGCAGGAGCUCGUGGGGGGGAGGGGGGAGAGGCCUCCGUGGACGCCCCCAGGGACCCUGGCCCUUCCUGGCUGCCCCUGUCGCCGGCCUCUGUCUGGCGAGAGGGACCGGCCCCGUGUCCGGCCUGGGUUGCCCCAGAGGAAUCGGACCCAGCAUCAGCUGUGGCCCCGCCUCCCUUUUCUGUGCCAGCAGGACUCGGAGCAAAGGACACCCCGGUGCUGGCUCCUCUCUGAUGGGGAGGGGGUGUUGCACCUGGAUGGACCGUAGGAGCCGAGGCUCUAGGGUUUCAAUUUCACUUUCCGAAUCUUGAGUCCUGGUCAGCUGAGUGUGGAAACAGAGGGAUUUCUGCUGCUAUCGUCGUCCAUGGGCUUUCCAGGUCGCACAACCCACAAGUAGGGAGCAGGGACAGAGAGAGAGCGCCUGCAUGCCAAUUCUAAGCGCUUCAGGAUCAAAUGUCGUUCGUCCUGUCCAGAAUGGCAGCCUGUGGAGGCACCUGCAAGAACAAAGUGACCGUCUCCAAGCCUGUGUGGGACUUCCUGAGCAAGGAGACCCCUGCCCGGCUGGCCCGGCUUCGGGAGGAGCACCGAGUGUCCAUCCUCAUAGACGGCGAGACUUCUGACAUCUAUGUUCUCCAGCUUUCCCCUCAGGGCCCUCCCCCAGCCCCUCCCAAUGGGCUGUACCUGGCCCGGAAGGCUCUCAAGGGGCUGCUUAAGGAGGCAGAGAAAGAGCUGAAGAAAGCUCAGAGGCAGGGGGAGCUUAUGGGCUGCCUGGCUUUGGGGGGUGGGGGGGAGCACCCUGAGCUGCACCGCCCAGGCCCACCCCCUCUCCGACCAGCCCCACUCCUGCCCCCAGGGGCGCGGGGGCUUCCCCCCCCUCCUCCUCCCCUGCCCCCUCCGCUUCCUCCCCGCCUUCGGGAAGAGGCAGAAGAGCAGGAGAGCACCUGCCCCAUCUGUCUGGGGGAGAUCCAGAACGCCAAGACACUGGAGAAGUGCCGGCACUCGUUCUGCGAGGGCUGCAUCACCCGGGCCCUGCAGGUGAAAAAGGCCUGCCCCAUGUGCGGCCGCUUCUACGGGCAGCUGGUGGGCAACCAGCCCCAGAACGGGCGGAUGCUGGUUUCUAAGGACGCCACGCUCCUGCUGCCCAGCUAUGAGAAGUACGGCACCAUCGUCAUCCAGUACGUCUUCCCGCCCGGUGUCCAGGGGGCCGAACACCCAAACCCAGGAGUUCGGUAUCCUGGCACCACACGGGUGGCCUACCUCCCGGACUGCCCUGAGGGCAACAAGGUGCUGACCCUGUUCCGCAAGGCAUUUGACCAGCGUCUCACCUUCACUAUCGGCACGUCCAUGACCACAGGGAGACCGAAUGUCAUCACCUGGAACGACAUCCACCACAAGACCAGCUGCACAGGGGGACCACAGCUAUUCGGGUACCCAGACCCCACCUACCUGACCCGGGUUCAGGAGGAGCUGAGAGCCAAGGGCAUCACCGAUGACUGAAGGACAUCCCCUUUGCAAGGCCCCUGCGCGCUCCUUCAGUCGACCCAACGGAAGCCUCUGUGCUCUCUGCCUCUGCCCCCUCGCCACUCGAGCAGGGGACUGUCUGACUGGGGAAGCAGUUCCGAGAAGGAGGGGCGAUCUCCUCCCCAGUGCAGCGUGAGCCACUCCCUUCUGGCAGAGGCUGGUGGCCCAGGCCCGGCCCUCCUCCCCCGUACAGACUCCCAGCCUCCCUGCCCCUCCACUGCCCUUGGCUUUUUCUGGUGAUGUGCUGCGCUGCGGGGACUAGGCUGAGAAAGGACCUGGGUGGGCAGAGGAGGGUCCCCGGAAGCCCCCACCCCAGGUACUGCUGCACUGCUGAACUUCUGUGCAGGGAGGGGCCAGGCCCCUGUGAGCCCCCGUGGAGCCGGCCACAUGUGCUCUUGGGAAACAGCUCCCCGUCUGCCUAAACCUGUCCUCGCUCUCCUGUGUCUCUGUCUCCGUCCGUCUCUCUCCUGCUCUUCUCUGCCCCCUGUAAGGAGCCUCCUUCUCCUGUUCUGGAAUCACCGCCAGACUGUAGCUUUUAAUUUAAUAAAAAUAAAGUAAAAUAUGCAACUCUC